GCCUGCCUGGUGAAAAAUGGUGUGGAAAAUAAAAAGAUUACCGUUGCCAGUCUGUCAUUGAUUGAUGGCUUGCUCGCAACCUUACGUUUUUUGAUCUAAUGGUCUUGCAAGUUGCAAUAUGGCAUAGAUGGCUCUCUUUUCGUUUCCUUAUACUUUUUGAGCUGCUGAAAUUUCACAAUUGAACACAAUCUAAAAAGUUUAGCACAACAAUGUUUUCUCUUCUUCAGCAACUAGCGCAACACAGAUGAAUACAGCGCUCAAAGUUUUUCUUCCAUGUUAAGCCCCAUAAUUAUAAAUUUAUACAACUGCGAAUGAUUUUAACUGCAAAAAGAGCUCGAUGAAAACUGCUUCACGACUGAACAAUUUGCCAUAUGGCAUCAUUGUUGUUGCUGGGAACUUCAAAAAAUCUCAAUCUCAACCCCCUAAGGAUUCUGAACCACCUCCAAGAAUCAAAUCCAAUGUCAAGCAGAAUUUGCAGUUUUUGAAGUUAUGGAAGGAGUUCCAGCAAAAAAAUUCCAGCAUACCUAAGCCAGCUACUAGCUAUCGUAGAAAGAGGGUGGAGAAGGAGGACCUUCCCCCAGAUAUAGAACUCUACAAGGAUCCAACAUUGUCACUCUAUUAUACAAAUCAAGUUGUUGACUGUGCUGUCCCUGUCUUGCUUGUUGAUGGUUAUAAUGUUUGUGGCUACUGGGCAAAACUGAAGAAGCAUUUCAUGAGUGGGCAACUUGAUAUAGCGCGGCAAAAGCUAAUUGAUGAACUUGUGCAGUUCAGCUUGGUAAGAGAGGUUAAGGUGGUGACUGUAUUUGAUGCCAUGAUGUCUGGACUACCUAACCACAAGGAAACUUUUGCUGGGCAGCUUUGGAAGCAAAACACUAGAAAGCAACAAAUAGUAAUGUCUCUGGUGUUCAUGGUUAUGGCAGCAGCUGGGUCUUCUCCAGCAGCAUCUAGUCAUGAUCAACUAGUGGACAUUAUCUACUCCGCAGACUCAUGUGCUGAUGCAUGGAUAGAAAAGGAGGUGGUGGCACUGAAGGAAGAUGGUUGCCCAAAGGUUUGGGUAGUGACAUCUGAUCAUGCUCAACAACAUGCAGCUUAUGGAGCGGGAGCUUUUGUUUGGAGCAGCAAGGCACUGGUCUCUGAGAUUAAGGCUUCAAAGAAGGAGAUGGAAAGAAUGCUUCAGGAGCAAAGAUCUACUUCCAUGCAAGGCAAAUUGCUGAAGCACAACCUGGACACAGAAGUUGUAGAUGCUUUGAAAGACCUUAAGAUGAAGUUGUCACAAAAUGAUGCAAGGUAGAUGUCCAAUUAAAGUUUGUUGUACGUGUAAGUAUAUAUGGAUACCUCAACGAAUUCUUUGAAUUAUCUUGAGUAGGUUGCAAAAAGAUUAGAGAACAAUUUUUCAAUUUUUAUCUUCAUGUUACAUGAUCAACGAGUUUCAAUUAACUUGAUUAAAAUGCAACCCCUGAGCUACCACUCGGCUCUUUCACAA